AUGCCAAAAGCGGAACUCACAUGCCGGAAGCGGAACUUUAGACUAGAGGAGGAUUCUAGCUCGGACGAUGAGGAUAGAUUUAAGUCGAUUCUCCCGUACAAGUUAGAGGGCUGGGACAAGGCGAGACUGUGCAACGAUCGCUCUACAUCCUUUAUUAACCUUAAGUACCCUGCUACUCCGAAGAAACGCGGCCGGGAGGAAGAUGUUAAUAAAACGCCGGAAGAGCAGACUGACGGGCAGCCUGGAUUCCCUAUGUAUAAGGGCAAUAUUAAGUCGAAGAAGAAGAGGGGCAACAAGGGAGGAGAGGUUAUUUAUAGGAAGGGAGACGUGAAAUACUCCGAGGCUAUGGCGCACUGCAAGACUAUCUGGAAUAAGGCCUUCCCGUGCGCGAUCUGCAAGGAUCUUAGGAAUGCCGAAUGCUUCGAAAUCAAGGAGUGCCUGGGCUGGGACUUGUUCUUAGAUAGUCCGAAGCUAAGGGACCAGAUUAAUUAG